AUGCUGCUGCUGCUGCUGCUGGCACUGCCGGGCCCCAUCGGCUGCCCCAGGACCAAGCUCCUCAGUGAGUCCAGCCAAGAGCCCCUCUUCCGUGGGGCGGAUCGCUACGACUUCGCCAUCGUCAUCCCCGCCGGCACCGUGGAGUGCUUCUGGCAGUUCGCUCACCAGAGCGGCAACUUCUUCUUCGGCUACGAGGUCCAGCGGGCGACAGGAAUCGGCAACAGCAGAAACAUCCUGGCCACGGCCAGCGACCCCAAUGGCUUCCACCUCGGCCUCUCCCAGAACGUGCGGGGACAGAUCAACUUCCUCACCAAGGAGACAGGUUUCUACCGGCUGUGCCUGGACAACCAGCAAAACCACUUCGGCUUCAUGCAGGUGUACCUCAACUUCGGGGUCUACUACGAAGGCUUUGACGUGGAAAACAAGCAACUGGAAGAGAAGAAGGAGCUGAACAACACCCUGGAGGCCAUCGGGGUCAGCAUCCGCAAGCUGCAGCUCCAAAUCUUCCACAUGUGGCGCUUCUACAACUUCGCCCGGAUGCGCAAAGGGGCCGACUCCUUCCUCCUCGAGGCCAACUACAACUACGUCAACUGGUGGUCCAUGGCUCAGAGCUGCGUCAUCGUCCUCUCGGGGGUCCUGCAGCUCUACUUCCUGAAGCGCCUCUUCAACGUGCAAACCUCCGGCCGGCAGAAGUGCUAA